UGCAGAGCGUCGACCUCCCGACGCCGGUCACCGGAUCCGCCAUAGCUCGAUCCGGCUUCCUCUCUGGUUCUUCGCCCCGGGGAGCAGCGGUGCCCUCUCAAGCGACCAGGCGGCGUCCUCCAUCGAGUGUGUCAGGAGGAUCCAAAUGGCAUGAUCACUGCUUUCUAUUAAGUAAGGUGUUCUCCGAUGGCUCAAUUCAUGGAUUUACGGGCUUUCAUUUUGCGUGCGCGUGUCCUCAAAUUUUAUAGGCAGGCACUGCGUAUGACUCGCCGAGCCCCUGAACAUGCUCGUGAUGAGUUGAGGCAGACAGUACGGGCGGAGAUUGAAAAAAAUCGCAAUUGUGAUGAUAAGCAAAAGAUUAAGUUUUUAAUUAGUGAAGGACUACAGAGAUUGAAGGGUCUUGAUGAGAUGCUUGACAUGACAGGAAACGGAUAAUUUGAGCUGUAUCAUGGGGACUGUUUCAAUAUUCAGUUGUCUCCCUUGAAUUCAUCGAAACAAUUGUUUGAUGUGGUUCAGUUUUCACAGACAGCAGAAGCUGAAAACGGUGUACUGGACUUUUCGUGCAAAAUCUGUGCAACCUUUUAUUUGAGAAUGCAGAUCAGGUUAGAUGGGCAGCGAUAGAGAGUGGACUUGUUGAGAGUUAUGUCACAACGUCCAGAUUACUUUUAAUAAAACACUGGGAUUGAGCCUGCACUUUAUCGCGACAACCCUUUCGUA